GAGACGCAAGCCCUCAUAGAGGAUCGCUUCAGCUCGUUGGGUAUGACGAUGAUGACGCUGACACAGUUUGUGACCGUGGAUUCCAUCGCCUCCGUCUACUUGCCUCUCAUACGGCAGAACCCCUGGCUGAUGUUCUAUUUCGUCCCACUCAUCUUGGUGGUUUCGAUCUCCCUGAUGAACCUGGUAACGGCCUCCUUAGUCGAAGCCGCCCUGGAGCACGCCCGGCAGGAGAAGGAAGAGGAGAAGAAGCUGGCGAGCGUUGCUGCGAAGAAUAUGCUCCCAGACAUUGUGAAGCUUUUUGAUCAGCUGGACGCUGACCGGAGUGGCUUCCUGGUGAUUCAGGAGAUGAAAGACUUUGAGACUGAGGGCUUGGUGCCACCCGAGCUCUUGGACAAAGCCUCCGUGGAGUCCAUGAGUGAACUCUUCCAGCAGCUCGACGUCGACGAGUCUGGGAGGGUGAACCGAGAGGAGUUCAUAGAGGGCCUGUUGGACAUCUUCCUCCGGGAGGUUCCCGUCUACUCCAUUCAAGCGACGAAGAUGCUCCGCCUGGUUCGGGAGUCGCAGCUGAAGGUCGAAGCCGACAUCCGGAGUCUGCAGGACCAGCUCGGGACGAAGACUGAGCGCAGCCUGGGCUUCUUCUAG